AUGGCAAUUACCACUGACUAUGAAGUGCCCGUUCCCACCUCAUCGUCCACGAUGACUGCCAUCGAGGAUGCGAUCCGCUCCUUGCGAUUGACACACGCCAAAGGCCAGGACUUUGUCCGUGCCUUUGUCCAAAUUGUUGAUCGUUCCACAGGCUCGCCUCAUCCUUCGACCCCUCCUGUAAUCCUUGACCAUGCAACCAGUCCGAUCUCCACCAGCUACGACAUCCUUGGCUUUGACGGUGAUGAAGACCUGAACAACGCCUCCAAAGAAGCCUGUCUUGAUCACGACGGUGCUGGCGACAUGCAGCCAUUCCAGUGCCCCAUCUGUGCCUCCCGCUCUAUCGCAGCAGCAUCCGUCAAUGUUGUUGCUGCAAUUGGCGCCCCCCCAUCUGCCUCCGUCACCGCCGCAACUCCAAUCAUCGCAUCUCUUUCCACAGCGAGUGGUGCUUACCAUCCAAAUCAUAAAACCAUGGCCUAG